AUGGACGAGGAAGACCAGUCACGAGCCAGCUCGCCCACCUCGGAUCGCGACAACGAGCCCGAUGAAGUGAUGGAGGACGCCGACGAGGGCGAUAGAGAGGAAGAUGGCGAUGGAGAUGGCGACGCCGACGCUGAUGCUGACGCUGACGGUGACGGAGAUAAUGACGGCGAAGGCGAGGGCGAAGGUGAAGGUGAAGGUGAGAACGAAGGAGAUGGUGACGGCGAGGAUGAUAAUGGUGAUGACGAAAACACCGUCGUCGUUGCUGGUGAGGGCGAGGGCGAAACCGCCGACAGCGAUAGCAGAGUCAACGGCAAGCAGCCCGAAUCACCUAGGAGGAAAUCGGACACGCCCCAGCUCGACCAGCUACCGUCUCUUUACCGAACGUGGAGGCCCAAGAUCCGUUCCGAGGUCUACAGCGCGCGUCUGUACGACAUUGUGCCCACAAUGGCAGCGCCCAUGUCGACGAGCAUCAAUGCCAUGGCCAUCACGCCAGAUCUGCGGUACUGGAUCACGGGCGGUGCCGAUGGCUACAUCCGCAAAUACGACGGCCCAGGCACCAUCAAUGGCAAGCUGGCCUUGACCGUCGCGCAGAGACACCCGUUCGUCGACUCCGUCACAAAAGCAGGCAUCCUCAUGUCCUACUGGCCCAACGAGGAGCCAGCCGUGCCGGGGCGCAGCGAACAGGAGCAUGUCUUGUCCUCUGUCUACUCGCUGGCGGUCCAUUCCGAAGCUCUCUGGCUUCUGUCUGGCCUCGAGUCUGGCGCGAUCAACUUGCAGAGCGUCCGCCAUGAUGAGGGCAAGAGGAUAGCAUGUCUCCAGAAGCACACCAACGCUGUCAGCGUGCUUACCUUGGCACCCGACGAGAGAAGCGUGCUCAGCGGAGCGUGGGACAAGAACAUCUUCGACUGGGAUCUCGAUACAGGGCACAUCAAGCGAAGUUUCGACGGUAGUGGCGGACAGAUUUCAUCGAUUGAGCUGCGGCCCGCGAGCGGCGCCCCGAUACCAGCAGACGCUGACGAGCCUCUGCCUUCAAGUACCAUAUCUACCAACAACGGGGCACCGAUGGCCAGCUCGAGUUUUGCAGGAAAUGCGAAUGGUAGGAGUCCCAACGGACAGGAUCGAUCGAUCACAGUUGCAAUGAGGGGAGAGAAUGAUGCUGCCGACGCGGCUUCUCCCGCUCACGAGAGUCUUUUUGGUGGAAGUGACGCCGGAAGUCUGUUCGGUGAGACGGCGGGAGAGCAGCCUUUUGGGCAGGAUGAUGAUGAGUUUGGCGGUGGCAUGAACAUGGCAGCAGGGCACGAAUCAGGGAUGGACCACUCAGCCGACAAGGCAAUGAGCAGCAUGGCCACCACAGAGGCGGACAAAGAGCCCAAGCAAUCAGGACCAGAGGACGAUGCCAUGGAUGUUGAUCACCCGAAUCCAGAGCCAGCCCCAGCUCAAACAUCGGCCGAGACAGAAAUGGCGACGGAUACCGAUACAGUCAAGGCGGAGGAGUCUAGCCAGACACUGCAGCAAGACCAGUCAAUGGAGAGCCAGUCUGCAGCUGACACAUCUGAGCGACAGGGCAUCAAGAGACCACACUCUCCAAUGAUUGUCAGCUCACAGCCACCUCCCACUCAACACGAUGCCACGCAGGUAUCGCAGACAACCUUCUUGUCGUCAGCCAUUGACGGGGCGAUUCGCGUCUGGGAUCGGCGAGUACCCAGCGCAGUAGCUAGGAUUCCUAAUCGCGUUGGCGUGCCGCCUUGGUGCAUGAGCGCUUGCUGGAGCCCCGACGGCAACAAGAUUUAUGCAGGUAGACGUAAUGGAACAGUGGAGGAGUUUGACAUUGCCAAAGCAAGGAGGGGAUGGCAGCCCGAGAGGGUGCUUCGAUUUCCAGCGGGGAGCGGUGCCGUGAGUGCAAUCAAGCCCAUGGUCAACGGGCGACAUUUGGUCUGCGCAUCACACGACAUUCUCAGGCUGUAUGAUCUGCGCGAGUCUCGCGCUUUCAAGCACUCAACCGUUCCCUUCCUCAUUAUCCCCGGACCCCCCAGAGCGGGUGUCAUUUCGAGUCUGUACGUCGACCCUACGAGCAGAUUCAUGCUCAGUGCCGCGGGCAACCGUGGAUGGGACGGUACAAACACCGAGGUGUUGAUUGGAUAUGAAAUUCAUGUCGUUUCGAGUACUUGA